AUGGCCCCGUCCCGCCUGCAGCUCGGCCUUCGCGCCGCCUACUCGGGUCUCAGCUCCGUGGCCGGCUUCUCCAUCUUCCUCGUCUGGACGGUGGUCUACAGACAGCCGGGCACCGCGGCCAUGGGGGGGCUCGCAGGUGUGCUGGCGCUGUGGGUGCUGGUGACGCACGUGAUGUACAUGCAGGAUUACUGGAGGACGUGGCUCAAGGGGCUGCGCGGCUUCUUCUUCGUGGGCGUGCUCUUCUCAGCCGUCUCCGUCGCCACGUUCUGCACCUUCCUGGUGCUGGCCAUCACUGGACACCAGAGCCUCACAGACCCCAACAGCUACUACCUCUCUUGUGUCUGGAGCUUCAUUUCCUUCAAGUGGGCCUUCCUGCUUAGCCUCUACGCCCACCGCUACCGGGCUGACUUUGCUGACAUUAGCAUCCUCAGCGAUUUCUGACCCCACGGGAUGAGGGCUCUGCACCCCGACAGUCCUCAGGACCUGGACUCAGCCUCUGAGACAUCAGGCGGACUUGUACACCCCCUGGGAACCCCAGAACGGAGGCGGAAAAUACACAGCAGGACAACGGAUGGUGGUCUCCAUGAAGCUGUCCUGUCCCUUUCGGGGGAGCCCUGGGUGCUGUGGGAAGGGGUCCUGCCAUGCUGCUCAUCAGCCUGGCUGGAGGGCAGCUUUAGACCUUUAAAACGUGGAUCUAUUUUCUUAGCACUCAGUGGGCAGUCCUUGUAAGCAGGCCAGGGCAACAGUGAAGGCAGUGGGGCCUUGGCGGUGCCCGGGGCCCAGGGGCAGGCCGUAUGGUCUCUGCUGCCCCGGGCCUUCUCCCUCAGGCAGGGUGGGACCCUGGGGAGGUCAGGUCAGAUAAGGGAUCUCUAGUAGAGACUUCUCAACCCCCCACCCCAGCACCCUCAUCCCUGUGUCCCCCAAGUGUCAGGUAGUUGAACUCACUGGUCCCAGGGGUGGGUGACAUUGGCUCUCUUUUCCCGAGGCCUGGGGACCUGGGGGGGGCCUCAGCAUCCCUCUCCCCACCCUGUUCCCACAGCGCUGGCUCCAAGAUCGUGCUAGAGCCGGCGCCCCUUCACCACGUACAUCAGAGCAGGAUGCCCCAAAUGAGGCCAGACUCACGGUCUUGGGGGAGGUGCUCCUGCCCCCCAAAGGGCUUUAGGGAAGGGGGCAGCACAGCUUGGGCGAGAAGCAGAGGCUUCUAGAGCCCAACAUUUCCUCUCAUACCUGGCACUCCUCCUGGCACCCGAGUCCCCCACCCCCACCCCGCACCGCCCCUGCCAGCUGCCCUUCAUGAGAGCUUUUUAUCUUUCCAAGUCCCCCUUCCGAAAGACGAAAUCUGCUCUACUGCCUAUACACUGGCCCAAGGGCUCACCGCGCUCGGGAGGGAAGGGGCUCCAUCAAUCUUUUCUUCGGCUGCCAUUGUGCACGGUCCACCCCUCUCCCACCCGAUGUGUCCUGCCCCUCGGCUCUCUGCCUUAUCUGUGUCACCGUCACUUUAGCACAAGUACAGUGGCCAUUUAUAUCA